AUGCCAGUGAAAUGUUGUUUCCACAGGUCACCCCCUAGGGGAACAAUGGCAUGGAUGGAAUCUGUGGAUACACUACUAGCUAAUAAAGAUGGUCUGGCUGCCUUCAGGACUUUCCUGAAAUCAGAGUUCAGCGAGGAAAACAUUGAAUUCUGGCUGGCCUGUGAGGACUUCAAGAAAACAAAGUCAGCGGCUAAAAUUGCCUCAAAAGCUCAAAAGAUUUAUUCAGAUUUUAUCCAGGCAGAUGCUCCAAAAGAGAUAAACAUCGACUUCAAUACCAGAGACCGCAUCACCCAGAAUAUUUCUGAACCUAGUCUCCAGUGUUUUGACAAUGCCCAGAGAUUAAUCUACAGUCUCAUGGCUAAGGACUGUUUCCCAAGGUUUCUGAAGUCAGAAGCUUAUAAAGAAUUGGUAAACAAGCAACAGAAUGGAAACCAGAAAAGGUGGCUGCCAUUUUUGUAA